AUGGAUUCUAGCGCGAAAGGUGACCUGCUUGGCACCACCUUACCUGACCGCUCAUUCAGGUCACCCCGGCAGAAAUCAAGAGAUUCCUUUUUUUUAUGGCUGGUGGAAAAGAAUUCUUUAAAAAGCAGACAUUUAAUUGCAGGGCUAAUUAGAAGAGGGCUGGCAGAAGGGAGGACGGCCGGGAGGGGGGAGGGGGUAGGAGCAGUGGGGAGGUGGAGGGGCUGCCGCGGCUGGCAGUUUGUCCCUAGCAAGGCACGAGUCAGGAUGAUACGUCUCCUAGGCGGGUUGAAGGACUACCUCAAGUGGCAGCCGAUCGUCACGGACAAUGCCGUCUUCAGGCUCCACAACCUCUUCACCACCGCGCUGCUCCUUGCAUGUUCCUUAAUCGUAACCGCGACGCAGUAUGUCGGAAACCCCAUCCAGUGUAUCGUAUCGGGUCUGCCAGCCCAUCCGAUCAACACCUUCUGCUGGAUCACCAGCACCUUCACCAUGCCGGACGCCUUCAGGAGGACCGUCGGCGUCGAAGUCGCCCAUCCGGGUGUCGGCAAUGACUACGGCGACGAAGAUGCCAAGAAGUACUACACCUACUACCAGUGGGUCUGUUUCGUCCUGUUCUUCCAGGCCAUGUUAUGUUAUACCCCUAAAUGGAUGUGGGAUGCAUGGGAAGGAGGUCUCAUGAAGACAAUUGUGAUGGGGCUCAACAUCGGGAUAUGUCACGAGGAAGAGAAGUGCACCAAGAAGAAGGUCCUCAUAGACUAUCUCUUGCGGCAUGUCAAGAGACACAAUUCUUAUGCAGUGAGGUACUGGAUUUGCGAAGCACUUUGCUUGGUCAACAUCAUCGGCCAGCUCUACCUGAUGAACAGAUUCUUCGACGGAGAGUUCAUGUCUUACGGACUCCGGGUGAUGACCUUCUCCGAGCAGGCACAAGAGGACAGGAUCGAUCCCAUGGUCUAUGUCUUCCCGAGGGUGACCAAGUGCACCUUCCACAAGUUCGGACCUUCGGGUUCCCUCCAGAAACACGACUCCUUGUGCGUCCUUCCUUUGAACAUCGUCAACGAGAAGACAUACAUCUUCAUCUGGUUCUGGUUCAUCCUCCUCGCAACUCUCCUGACGUUGCUUAUCAUAUACAGAGCUAUCAUUCUCACCUGUCCGUCCGUUAGGCCGAGACUCCUCAGAGCUCGUAACAGGAUGGUACCUUUAGAAGUUGCCGAAGCGCUGUCGAGGAAGACGAGCGUCGGCGACUGGUGGAUACUCUACAUGCUCUGCAGGAACAUGGAUCCCCUGAUAUACAGGGACGUCGUCUCGGAACUUGCCAAGAAAAUAGAAUCGAGAAGCAACAGUCAGUAGGCGCUCGAUCUUGGACCGUGCAAGAAGCCAGCAAUAACAUUCAAAUUUUAUGGACAAGAUCUGUCGAUUGUUAAAUGCUGCUUAAGCUCAGUUGUUUGUUUUUUUUACAUUUAAUAUUAGAAUUUUAUAUCGAUUAUAUUCCAAUUAAGUUAGCAACCAACAAUACUUCCAGUUUGAUUCACGUCUUCCAUUACCGAAAAAUGACUGCUAUUUUCUAAACAUAACUUCAGAAAACUAUUUUUUAGUUUAACUUUUCUCGGAUCAAAAGACUGUUUAGGUUUUUAAGAGUUAGAUCAUUCCACAAUACAGCAUUCACUGAAAUGAUUAAAUUGAAAAAAUUAAAAUAGUAUAAUUGCUAAGUCAAUAAUACUAUAGUGAUCUGACAAUAUGCAGUAACUAAACAUAUCAAUAUUCAUAUCGAAUUCAGACUUAAGUACAUUUGAGUAGGUUAAUUAUAGAAAUGUAUUAACUGUUAUAUGACGAAUAUAUCUCUUAGUGACAGACAACUGGGCAGAAUAUAUAUAUAUAUAUAUUUAUGAUAUGCUCAUGAAAAAUAAUGUGAGCUAAUUGCUUCUGGCGAGCACAUUGAGCCCAAGACUGAAUCAGUGCCUUGAACGCUUCACUCUUGUAUUGACUGUGAUUGUAUUUUCCUAUAUUUAAGGUUAUGGUUGAUGAAGAUUGUUAAAUGUAUACAAUGAAUCUUUUCGAUUUAUGUUUAUUUAUGUAAUUUACUAUGUAAAUAGUCUUUCGUGUAUCUGUUGGUUAAACAAUUGAAUAAAUUAUUAGCCAGUAUUUAUGAGAUGUAAAUUUUGUAUAACCGUUGAGUUAAUACUGUGCAUGCAAUUUGAUUUGAAUUAAAUUUUAUUUAUUAUUUUUGCCUGUUUUUUUUUUAUUUUCUUUUAUUAUUAUUAUUAUAUUACAUUCUAUAUUUUUAAUGGCACCUAUUAGAGAACCUAUUUAAAAGACUGCUUUUGUAAAAAUGUUGACAAAAUUACUUGAAUCAUUCCAUAUGUAACAGUCAGUACAAAUAUUUUUGAAGGUGCCUUUUAAAAGUUGUUAUAUUUAAAUAAGUUAAUGUAGUCAUUAGUGUUAUGUAUUUUCUGCUCAAAAACAUAAUAUAUUUUUUAUAUUAUGCUUUAUUUUGAGAAUCAAACUAUUAUAUCUAUAUUUGGCAUCUACUUCAUUACGUUUAUACAUUUUUUUUUUUUGUAUUUCAUAUUAAAGAGUUUUGAAUAUGCGUUGUAUGAAUUGUAUUUAGGAAUUUAAAUAUAUUCUGAUUUAUUAU